CCACUGACCACAGCCCACCACUGUGAAUUCGUUAUUUAAAUAUACUGCGCUUCCCGUACCCGCACAUAUCAAGCAACAUGUCAAACUCCGAUGUCACGAUUCAAUUCCUCGGCCAUGCGGCCUUUUCCAUCUCAGUUAAGGGGUUUGUGAUUCUCAUCGAUCCCUGGCUGAACAAUCCCAAAGCACCCGAAGGCGCCAUUGACACACUGACUAAGGUGGAUGUCAUUCUGAUCAGUCAUGGUCACUUCGACCACGUGGGUGAUGCGGCGAUGCUCGCCAAGAAGUUUAAGGCCCAGGUGUACUGUAUACACGAGGUGUCGUUCUACCUGAAGGGCGAGGGAGUGGCGGAUGAGCAAAUAGUGGGCAUGAAUAUAGGCGGCACGGCAGACCUUGGAAACGGAUGCCAGGCCACUAUGACACAAGCGGUGCACUCGGGUGGGUGUGGAUCGGAACAUCCCUUACAGGUCGGAGGUGCAGCGGCUGGCUGGGUGGUCCACUUGCCCAAUGGCCACCGCAUCUAUCACUCAGGUGACACAGACGUGUUCGGAGACAUGAAGGUGAUCUCGGACCUAUACAGCCCCGAUGUAGCGUUGCUCAGCAUCGGCGACCACUACACCAUGGGACCACGUGGGGCGGCAUACGCAAUCAACAACCUGCUCAAGUCUGUGAACAUCGUUGUUCCUAUGCAUUUCGGUACCUUCCCCUUACUCGCGGGCACCCCUGCCGAGCUGAAGAAGCUGGUGACGUCCAAGACGGUCAAUGUGUGCGAAUUGAAGCCGGGAGAAACGCUUGAUUUGCCAGGGCGUAGUGUUGGGGAGGCACUCUCGGCAUUGCACUGAUAUGCGCAUACGACGGUUUAGUAUGCAUAUGUACAUACAUUUGUCAAAAGAUUUAGUGUGCAUAGGUACAUACAUGUGUCUAUGCAGUACUGAUUUUUAUUAUGUAUAUAUACAUCCGCUUGUCCAUGUAUAGCCACAUCUGUAAGUUGCGCAGAGAGAUGUGCGCAAAUAGAAAAAUACAUCCCAAAACUCGUUAUUUGUUAUAUAUGUACCUUCAUAUUAAACAAAUAACAAACAACAUAUAAAAAUAUUUAAACAAAUAUAUAACAUAUAAAGUUAUAUCCGUUAUGUUUUAUACGUACCUUCAUGUUAAACAAAUAACAAAUAACUUAUAAAAAUACAUAACAU